GCGGGCGCCAUGCUACAAACCAAAAUGGCUGCCCCAGGGAAAGGAGCCCGGCUCAGGCCGUGAGGGGCUGCGCCUCCGCCAGCCCGGCCGGCGACGCCGCUUCGCCCGCCGCCCCGCGCCCAGAAAUACACUUAAUUACUGCACUUUAUAUUCAAAACUACUGCUGAGAUUAACAAAAAAGAAAUGAUAAAAUUUUUCCUUAUGGUGAACAAGCAAGGUCAGACGAGACUCUCUAGAUAUUAUGAGCAUGUGGAAAUUCAUAAACGGACAAUGCUGGAAGUUGAAGUAAUCAAAAACUGUCUCUCCCGUUCAAAGGAUCAGUGCUCUUUCAUUGAGUAUAAGGACUUUAAGCUGGUCUACCGACAGUAUGCAGCCCUUUUUAUAGUCGUUGGAAUCAAUGAGACAGAGAAUGAGAUGGCAGUAUAUGAGCUAAUUCAUAAUUUUGUGGAGGUUUUGGACAAAUACUUCAGCAGAGUGAGUGAAUUAGAUAUAAUGUUCAAUUUGGACAGAGUGCACAUCAUUUUGGAUGAAAUGGUGUUAAAUGGUUGCAUCGUGGAAACGAAUAGAAACAGAAUUCUUGCUCCUCUGUUUGUGCUUGACAAAGUGGCAGAAAAUUAGCAAGAUGCAAGACUGACCAAAGCGUUUUAUGAAAGAUAGUGAAACCAUCAAGACCAACAGCAAUUUUCUGAUUUCAUAAGACCAACUUCUGCAAUGUUUAGACUUCCUGGAAAGUACUCCGUUUCUCUUAUUACCCUUCGUACCGAAUGGAAAGAUACGGCUAAGCAUAAAAUGGAAUCUUAGUUUGCAGCUUUCUAUCAACACAGCAGAGAAAACAGCCUUUUCUUUGUAAUUCACCAAAGAUAAAAUAAUGAAACCUUACACAUUACUGCCUAGGUACCACUUUGUAUUAUGUAGUGUUGUGCCAGAUCUAGGAGAAGAGAGAAAAUACAGAAAUACAAUUUCAAACAGAGUUUCAAUCCUUCCUUUAAAGCACUAACUUAAAUUUUUAUUUUCAUACAACUGAAAAUUUCUGUAACUUUUAUGACUACUUUUAAACUAGAUUCAGCCUUCGUCAAAAAGCUGGUUUCAUUUCCACAGAAGUCAUGGUUAUGAAAGGAAUGUAAAUAACAGAAGCAUAGAUGUAUUUAAGAUUCCUUUACAUUGGGGAAAUUGUAAGUAGAAAUAUUUGGCACAUAGUAUUAUAACUUUAAUAAAAAAUAAUUAAAAUUGAA